AUGGACCCCGUCGAUCACCUCUUCCACCCCGGCCCAGCUUAUCCGUCCUACCGUCAGUCUUUUCCGCAGAAAACAAACAUAUCCCCGCACGCUGACCCCCGCCCAGCCCACCAGCCCGUCUACAACUUCUACCCCCACCGUCCCUCGCCCCCGCACUCUCCAGCGCCAGUCCCCCUCUUCCACCAGCAGCCACCCCAGGACUCCCACCAGCGCGACCCAGACCAGCCCGUCGACCAGAUACACGACGACCCCCCCAUCGACGAGGAGCCCCUCUAUGUCAACGCGAAGCAGUAUUAUCGCAUCCUCAAACGGCGCGUCGCCCGCGCCCGCAUCGAGGAGUUGCACAGGCUCUCCAAGCAGCGCAAGCCGUACCUCCACGAGUCGCGCCAUAAGCAUGCCAUGCGCCGUCCCCGCGGUCCCGGCGGUCGCUUCCUCACCGCAGAGGAGAUAGCCGCACAAAAGAACCUGCAAGCCGAUGCGGGGCCUUCCAACUCCACAUCCCCGGACGCCGACGAUGAGGACGCCAUCGACGUCGACCGCGACAUUGACAGGGACGUCGACAUGUCCGUCGACAGCCCCAUCGAGCCCCCUAAACCACCGGUCUUUGAUCAGGAUCGUCGCGAGCCGCUCAAGCCCCCUUCCUUCCAGCAUAUCCAGCCUCAGCAGCCGGUGGACGAGAAGGACCGCCCACGCGCAGGUCCCAUCUCCCAGCCGUCAAUCCAGCCGUCGAUACAACCGCGUCCGCAACCCUCGCAAGUGCUUCGCCAGCUACCCCAAACCCAGCCUCCAACGCAGGCGCAGGCGCAAGUGCAGGCGCAGGCGCAAGUACAGGCGCAGGUGCAGAUGCGGAUGCACCAACAGCUGCAAGCCCAGCAACAGCCACAGGCUCAGCGCCAGUUGCAGCCGCCGCAAAUGGCUCGCCAACAUUCGCAGGCGCACCUCCAAAUGCAGCCUCAGACGCAGACGCAGGCGCAGCAGGUUCCGGCGCAUCCUCCACCCCCACAAAUGAUGCGCCGACCAUCUCAGACUCACAUCCAGACGCAGCAGCAGCAACAGGUUUCACAGGCACAGCUUCGCUCACCGCAGGGGCAAGUGCGGUCGCCGCUGCAGUCACAACAGCAGCAGACGUACGAGCACCAGCGCCAACAUCAGCACCAGCAUCCGCAUCAGUUGGCGAUGUCGCACGGCGCGAGCCCGAUCGGGCUACUUAACGUCAACGUCGGAUACCAACACUCGGCGCCGGUUUCACCUCUACCCCAGGAUCACCAGAUGCGCGAUCACUCCCGCCAGCUCGGGUCACAGCACACGCAGGUUUCGCCGGUGCAGCAGCAGAUGCAGGACUCGUCCUCGCAGACAUCGUCCCCGCAGAUUUCGCUGCGUGCGCCGUAUGCGGCAAUGCAGAUGCACCAUGUCCCACACCCGCACGCGCAUGCACGCCACCACCAUUCACUGAUCGGUCGGGGGGAGCAGCUCUACCACGACGUGGUGCCCGGCAGCGAGUACGGCGGCGGCACAUCAGGGAGGCGAUAG